AUGGGUGUGAAGAUAGCAAAGCAUGCCAUUGAAGCAGACCCAGAAAAUAAUGGGUACCGUGUAUUAAUCUCUGAUUUCUACAGUUGUAUGGAGAUGUGGGAAGAAGUUGAACAAGUUCGGAAGGUAAUGAAGGAUCGAGCGCUGAGGAAAACGAUGGGUGGAGGGUAUUCACGUAAGAGGAGAUACGUUCGGUUGUGUAUGCAUUUGUCCGAUUUGCACUCUUCAUCCUCUUUGCUCACAUCUUCUAUAGCUUGGUUCAUUUGCAAGCUGUUAUAUCCAUCUUUCGACCCUCAGAAACCAAAACGAGACAAG